AUGGAGACAAAAAACAGCUCAGUGGUGACAGAAUUCAUUCUCCUUGGACUGACCCAGUCUCAAGAAGCACAGCUUCUGGUCUUUGUGCUCGUUUUAGUAUUCUACCUCAUCAUCCUGCCUGGAAAUGUUCUCAUCAUUGUCACCAUAAGAUCAGACCCUAGACUCUCAGCCCCACUCUACUUCUUCCUGGGCAACUUGGCCUUCCUGGAUGCAUCCUACUCCUUCAUCGUGGCUCCCAGGAUGCUGGUGGACUUCCUCUCUGAGAAGAAGGUAAUCUCCUACACAGGCUGCAUCACUCAGCUAUUUUUCUUGCACUUUGUUGGAGCAGGAGAAAUGUUUCUUCUUGUUGUGAUGGCCCUUGACCGCUUUAUUGCCAUCUGCCAUCCUUUACACUACUCAACUUUCAUGAACCACAGAGUCUGCUAUGCAUUAGUGAUGGCUCUGUGGCUGGGAGGCUUUGCUCAUUCAAUUGUACAAGUGGCCCUUAUCCUGAACUUGCCCUUCUGUGGUCCAAACCUGCUGGACAACUUCUUCUGUGAUGUCCCACAGGUCAUCAAGCUGGCCUGCACUGACACCUUUGCAGUGGAGCUUCUGAUGGUCUUCAACAGUGGCCUGCUCACUCUUGUGUGUUUCCUGGGGCUUCUAUCCUCCUAUGCUGUCAUCCUGUGCCGCAUAAAGGGACACUCCUCUGAAGGGAAGAGCAAGGCUAUCUCCACGUGUACCACCCACAUUAUCAUUGUGUUUCUUAUGUUUGCACCUGCCAUUUUUAUCUAUACUCGCCCCUUCCAAGUCCUCCCAGCUGACAAAGUUGUAUCUCUGUUCCACACAGUCAUUUUUCCUUUAUUGAACCCUGUGAUUUAUACACUUCGAAACCAGGAAGUGACAGCUUCCAUGAGGAAGUUGCUAAAUCAGUAUGUGAUUUGCUGA